CCGGUCGCCCCAGCAACCGAGCCCCGCUCCGUCCUAGCGCCCAGCUCCCUUGCAAGGCCGCAGAGCUGGCGAGCCAGGGGGAAUCGCAGAGUCGCGACAGUCUGUCCAACCCGUCUCCGUCAACAUCUUCAGAAGUGUAUAAGAUAAAGUUUAUAUUUCCAAAUGGCGACAAGUACGAUGGUGACUGUACCAGAACAGCUUCUGGGAUCUAUGAGAGGAAUGGGACGGGCAUCCACACCACUCCUAACGGAAUUGUCUACACGGGAAGCUGGAAAGAUGACAAGAUGAAUGGAUUUGGAAGACUUGAGCAUUUUUCAGGAGCCGUGUAUGAAGGACAAUUUAAGAACAAUAUGUUUCAUGGACUGGGGACUUACACAUUCCCAACUGGGGCAAAGUACACUGGAAAUUUCAAUGAAAAUAGGGUGGAAGGUGAGGGGGAGUACACUGAUAUCCAGGGCCUGCAGUGGAGCGGCAACUUCCACUUCACGGCGGCUCCCGGCCUCAGACUAAAGCUCUACAUGUAGACCUGCUGCCUAAUGCCGCCAUGCGGCCACCGCAACGCCCCUGCAGGCAAAGCGACGAAACCUUCAGCUGGCAUGCCCUGCACCCUCUGUAAGUUUGCCAAUAAAACUGUCCUUCACUUA